UAAAAGGGGGAAAAAACGAAAGGAAAGAAAUGGAAUGAGGACGCGCUCGCUUCCCCCACGCGUCCUUUCCAAAGCCUUCUCCUCGACUUCUGCCGCCGCCCUCGCCGCCCACUUUGGCCGCGUUAUCGACACUUCUUCCCUUGCCUCAUGGAACUCCAUCAUUGCCGACCUCGCCCGUGCCGGAGACUCCAUCCACGCCCUCCGUGCCUUCGCAUCUCUCCGCCGUCUGCACCUCCGUCCCGACUGCUCCUCCUUCGCCCCGGCCCUCAAGUCCGCUGCUGCACUCGCUUCCCUGGAAUCAGGUCGGCAGCUUCACCUCCUUUCCCUUCGUUUCGGCCUUCUCCCGGACCUCUUCGUCGCCUCCUCUCUCAUCGACAUGUACGCUAAGUGCCGGGAGCUCGCCGAUGCUCGCCGAGCAUUUGACGAGUCCCGACACCGAAACGCCGUUAUAUGGACCGCUAUGGUAACUGGCUACGUCUGUAACAAUGCCCCGAGGGAUGCUGUCUUCUUGUUCAAGGAUUUUCUCUCCGAUGAAGGUGCUGUAGGCGUCGACUCUGUGGCAGCGGUGGCGGUGCUCUCCGCAUGUUCGAGGGUUUCCAGUAUGAAGGCUUCGGCAGCUGUUCAUGCGCUCGUUGUGAAGGCCGGGUUGGAUAUGGAUGUGGGAGUAGGAAACACUUUGACGGAUGCUUAUGCUAAAGGAGGUGACUUGAGUUUGGCGCGGAAGGUAUUUGAUGGAAUGAUUGAGAAGGAUGUUGUGUCGUGGAACUCGAUGAUUGCAUUGUCUGCUCAGAAUGGGCUCUCGGGAGAGGCAAUAGAGCUAUAUGCUAAGAUGUCGAGUGAUGGAGGCAAACGACACAACGCAAUCACCCUCUCUGCGGUGCUGCUUGCAUGCGCUCAUGCAGGGACAUUGCAGAUUGGAAAGUGCAUCCAUAAUCAGGUGGUCAGGUUGGGAUUGGAAGAAAAUGUAUAUGUGGGCACAUCAGUAGUUGACAUGUAUUGUAAAUGUGGAAGAGUUGGAACAGCAAACAAGGCCUUUGACCGUAUAAAGGAAAAGAACAUCUUAUCAUGGUCUGCCAUGAUUGCGGGUUAUGGGAUGCAUGGCCUUGGCCGAGAAGCUUUAGAGGUUUUUCAUGAAAUGAAGAGAUCAGGAGAGAAGCCUAAUUACAUAACAUUUGUUUCUGUCUUGGCAGCUUGUAGCCAUUCAGGGUUAGUGGAUGAGGGUAGAUAUUGGUUAAAUGCAAUGAAGAAAGAUUUCAAUAUUGAUCCUGGUGUGGAGCACUAUGGAUGCAUAGUAGACCUGCUUGGACGUGCCGGUUGUCUUAAUGAAGCCUAUGAACUGGUCAAUGAAAUGAAAGUUGAACCUGAUUCUGUAGUGUGGGGUGCCCUUCUCAGUGCAUGUCGGAUCCAUAAGAAUAUUCAGCUAGGAGAGAUUUCUGCUAGAAAAUUGUUUAAACUGGAUCCAAAAAAUUGUGGCUACUAUGUUUUGCUCGCUAAUAUGUAUGCAGAUGUGGGAAAGUGGGGUGAUGUGGAGAGGAUGAGAGUUCUGAUAAAGAACAAAGGAUUGGUAAAACCACCAGGGCAUAGUUCUGUGGAUCUUAGGGGAAAGGUUCAUGUAUUCCUAGUUGGGGACAGAAGGCACCCCCAGCAUAAAGAAAUAUAUGCCUAUUUGGAGGAGUUAAGAAUUAGGAUGCAGGAAGCUGGCUAUGUCCCAGAUACAGGUUCAGUUCAUCAUGAUGUCAAUGAAGAAGAGAAAGAAACUGUACUACAUGUUCACAGUGAAAAACUGGCUGUUGCUUUUGCAAUUAUGAACACAGCUUCUGGAACAACUGUCAACAUCAUCAAGAAUCUUCGAGUUUGUGGCGAUUGUCAUACUGCAAUCAAAUUGAUUGCCAAACUUGUAGAUCGCGAGAUUGUCAUCAGAGACUCACACAGAUUUCAUCAUUUCAAGGAUGGGUCCUGUUCUUGUGGGGAUUAUUGGUAAAAUUAUUGAAACAAACAAAAUGCUGUAUGUGCAUCAACUGGUUAUAUUUUAACUUCUUUUGCUGGAGAAAGAAUUUUGAAGUCCGCUUGUUCUAAAACAAACUAUGACAGAUGAGGAUCCAUCUAUGAAGUUGGCUGAACUAGUCACAUUCCUAGCAAUGUUAAGGGUUGCCAAAUGUCUUUCUGAUUAUGAAAGCUGUGUUGGUGAAUUAUAUUUGGGGGUUUGCUGCCUAGAAGCUGCCAAUGAUUCCCAGCAUGAUAGACAAAUAAGUGCUUCACUAUCCUUCUCACAUGUUCUUUUCCUCUUGUUUAAUGCUUCUUCUCUUUAGGGGAGGAGGAACUCAUUUUUGUAUAAUUUAAACGGAUAAGCGAUUUCUUGAUUUGAUCAAGUUCUAUAGGGAUAGUAUGUAAGUAUGAUUGAUAGUUCAUAUAACCGACGUCAAUUCUUAAUAAAAAAGGGCAUCUUGAUGCAAGAAGCUCUUGCUACUGUAGAAUCUUGGGGAUGGGUUUAUUGUAUGCAGUCUUACCUUGCUUUGC